GCGCUCUAGGUGCUGUGCCGCACAGUUCCGGCCUCAGUGCCGGGGAGUGAGAGAUCGGCGUAACCAUGAGGGCUCGGUGCCAGAGGUCGGGGGUGAAGGAAGAGCAGGAGGAAGAGGUGGCAGCGGCCUCUGGGCGUCUUGCUGGGCCCCCAGAGGCCGAGGAGGGUUCGGUCGUUGAUUCAGACUCCGACCAGGAGAUGGAAGGCAUCCGUGGGCCUGGAGAACUGACCAAAGACACCCUCUACCUGAGAUCUUGCCAGGCCCAUAGUGUUGUGCCGGCCUCCUGCUUCUUGCGCCAGGGUCGCACCCCAGAGCUGAACCUGCGGCACCGUGGCCUGGGGCCCCAGGGUGCCCGGGCUCUGGCUUCAGCAUUGACCUCAAAUCCCUAUGUCAAGCGGCUGGACCUUCGAGACAAUGGGCUCUGUGGGGCCGGCGUGGAGGCCCUGGCAGGUGCCCUGAGCAAAACCAGCAUUAUCUCUGAUGUGGACCUGUCGGAGAACCAGAUGGGAGUGGUGGGAGCCCAGGCGAUCUGUGCUGCCCUCACAGUGAACCCAACCAUGCAGAAGGUACAACUGGCAGGGAACGGCCUGGAGGAGCACGCAGCCCGGUACCUUGCUGAACUCCUGCUGGCUCACACAGGACUGAAAUCCCUGGACCUGAGCUAUAACCAGCUGAAUGACCAUGCAGGGGAGAUACUUGGACCAGCCCUGGCAGAAAAUACAGGACUCACUGAGCUUAAUAUAAGCUGGAAUCACCUUCGAGGACCAGGAGCUGUAGCCUUUGCUAGGGGACUGGAGUGGUCUCCUGGCUUCACUCUUGCAUUCCAGGCAAACAUCUUCCUCAGAGUCCUGGACAUCUCAUACAAUGGCUUUGGAGAUCCUGGAGCAUCCGCAGUGGGUGAGGCACUUAAGACCAACAACGUGUUGGAGGAACUCAGCAUGAGCAACAACCGCAUCUCUGCAGUGGGAGCCUUGAGCCUGGGCCUGGGCCUCCGGGUCAAUCAGACACUGAGGAUUCUUGUUAUGUCCAGGAAUCCCAUGCGAGGCGAAGGCUGCUUUGGAGUUCUAAAGUCUGUCCAAGAGAAUCCAAUGUCCGCCCUAGAACUCCUGGAUUUCUCCGAGAUCCAAGUGGACAGAGAGUUUGAUGACCUUGCCAGCUCAGUGAAGGUACUGCUUCCAGCACUCCAUGUAAAGACUGCUGCCCACAGAGUGAAAUACAAAAAGGAGUUACCAUCAGUCCUCACCCCAUCCCUACCAGUGUCUGUCCCUAAGUGACUGUAGUAGGUGGUUUCCUCAUUUCACAUUGGCCACUUCAACGUCGAGGGUUCUUGGCCUCACAAUGCCUUAUUACCACUCGAGUCUGCAGUGAGUCCCCAUGUCAACCAGGUAGUAGUCCUGUUGAGCCCAUCUUGAUGAAAUUUUGGAUACCUGUACCCUCCUCUCCAUCCCAUGGCCUCUGUUAACGCAGAGACUGGGUCUUCCUUCGUUCCUGCUAAUUUGUGUAACUUGUACUGUGUGCUACAUAUUGAGCUGGGUAUGGGGUCAGAGAUGUCCAAAGUCUCUGCUCUGGUGACUUCAAGAGACAAUCAAAGUACAAACUCAACUUGCCAGAAUGCAAACCGACCCAACUUUUCUGGCAGGCGAUUUAUCAUCAUGCACACGGGGCUUAAAAUCGUCUGUGCUCAUUGAUUCAAUGGUCUGCAGAAAUAACCAGAGCUGCAUAAAAACACUGAUCUCCAGAGAUGUUCAAUGAAAUGCUGUUUAUAUGAUGAGAAUUGGAAAUAAUCAAAAUGCCCACUGGGCACCUAGGUGGCUCAGUGGGUUAAAGCCUCUGCCUUCGGCUCAGGUCAUGAUCUCAGGGUCCUGGGAUCGAGCCCCGCAUCGGAAUCUCUGUUCAGCAGGGAGCCUGCCUCCCCCUCUCUCUCUGCCUGCCUCUCUGCCUACUUGUGAUCUCUGUCUGUCAAAUAAAUAAAGUAAAAAUCUUUAAAAAAAAAAAUAAAGAAGUUGCCUAGAGUUGGGGAGAUGGGAGGGACUGGGAGCUGACAGUGAAAGGACAGGGGUUUUUUUGGGAGGUGAUCAAAAUGUUCUAAAGCUGAUUGUGGUUGCACAAGUAUGAAUAUACUAUGAACUACUGGAUUGUACACCACUUUAAAUGGGUGAAUUGUCGGGUGCCUAGCUGGCUCAGUUGGGAGAGUUUGAUUUCUGGGUUGUGAGUUCAAGCCCCACAAUUACUUAAAAAUUCAAAAAAAUCUUUUAAAAAGGGUGAAUUGUAUAGUAUGUGAAUUAUAUCUCAAGAAAGCUGUUACCAGGGCGCCUGGGUGGCUCAGUGGGUUAAAGCCGCUGCCUUCGGCUCAGGUCAUGGUCUCAGGGUCCUGGGAUCGAGUCCCACAUCGGGCUCUCUGCUCUCUGCUCUCUCUCUCUCUCUCUGCCUGCCUCUCCAUCUACUUGUGAUCUCUCUCUGUCAAAUAAAUAAAUAAAAUCUUAAAAAAAAAAAAGCUAUUACCAAAACAAAACAAACCCUAUUGUUGUGUCCAGAUUGUGUAAAAAACAUGUAGAAGUGUAUAUAUGCAGGAAAAAACACUAAAAAGAACCCCUGACAUAUUAAAAUGUUUAUUAAUGACCCUGGGGUUGAGCCCCAGGUCAGACUCCCUACUCAGCUGGAAGUCUGCUUAUCUCCCUCUCCCUCUGCUUGUGCUCUCUUUCUCUCUAAAAUAAUAAAUGUU